GAUGCAGUGACUGUCGCUUGGGAGAGACUCCGGUUCAGCAGCCCAAACUCCUGGCUCCUCCUCUUGACUGCCAGUCAGCUUCCAAAAGUCUCCGCCGUGACCUCAGUUGUGGAUGUAAGUCUUUGAAGAAAAAGUGACCUUUGCUCUUCCUCUGUUUCCUUUAUACCUGUGGUGGGCCCAACACAGAGGGCUGGGUAUCAAGAAUGGUGUGGAAUUGAGUAAUGGAUCCUGAUUAUCCGGAAUUGAAACACAGAUAAACUCCUGGACAAAUGGUGACCCAAAGAUGAAACAUUCAUAGCAGAGGAAAAAGGAGGAGCCUGCCUGUAGCAGCUAUGUCUCCCAAAGUGCCCGGUGGUCAGGGCAGAGGGGAGGACUCUGCAGUGCAGGUCGCUGUACGAGUGCGUCCCCUGCUGCCAAAAGAGCUUCUGCACAGCCAUGAAAGCUGUAUCACUGUGGACCUGGAGCAGCGUCGGGUUACCUUGGGCCAUGACCGACACUUCCUCUGCGACUUCUUGUUUGAAGAAACUUGCUGUCAGGAGGAGGUUUAUGCUGUGUCAGUCCAGCCGCUGAUAGAAGCCUUCUUCCAAGGUUUCAAUGCCACAGUCUUUGCCUACGGUCAGACAGGCUCAGGAAAGACUUACACAGUCGGAGAAGCCAACAUUUCUUCUUUUAGGGAUGAGGAGCAGGGCAUCAUCCCCAGAGCUGUUGCAGAGGUCUUCAAGCUGCUGGAUGAGAACGACCUCACAGACUUCUCUGUCAGAGUCUCCUACCUCGAGGUCUACAAAGAGGAGUUCAAGGACUUGCUUGAAGUAGAGACUGCUAGUAAGGACAUCCACAUCAGGGAGGAUAAGGGCAACAUAGUGCUUUGUGGGGUGAAGGAGAGUGAAGUGGAGGGUCUGGAUGAGGUUCUCAGUUUGUUGGAGUCCGGAAACACAGCCAGGCAUACAGGCGCAACCCAAAUGAAUCACUCCAGCCGUUCACACACUAUCUUCACUGUGCACAUGGACCAGCGUCGAGGAGGCUCACGUCUGUAUGGGAGCUCUACAUGUGCAGGACCGCAAAUCUUGUCCUCCAAGUUUCACUUUGUUGACCUGGCAGGGUCAGAGCGCAUCCUGCGGACAGGAAACACCGGAGAGAGGCUGAAGGAGAGCAUCCAGAUUAACAGUGGCCUGUUGGCCCUGGGAAAUGUCAUAGGAGCACUGGGGGACCCCAAAAGGAAAGGCACACACAUACCAUACAGAGACUCCAAAAUCACCAGGAUUCUAAAAGACUCUUUGGGAGGAAAUUCAAAAACACUCAUGAUCGCCUGCAUCAGCCCAUCUUCCUCAGACUUUGACGAGAGCCUAAAUACACUGAACUAUGCCACACGGGCCCGAAACAUUCAGAACCGGGCCACUGUCAACUGCAAGGGCGAGCCGGAUCGGGUGGAAGGACUGGAGCAACAAAUUAAGGCCCUCCGCAGAGCCCUGGAAAACCGGCAGCGUUCUGAGACACGUAUCAUAGCUCACGCUGAUCCAAACAGGAGACCACGGCUUGGAGAAGGAGAGAUCAGCAGACUGCAAGCACAGAGUGCCCACUACAGGACGUGCACAGACACUGCAUACAGGCUGCUGCGGGAGUUGCAGAGUGAAGGGACUCUGACUGCAGAACAGAGUCUCCGAGUGAAGGAGUGGCUGUGUUCAGUGGAGGAAGAACGGAGUGGACUGACCACCGCUUCAGGCCCAGACAGUGGCAUCGAGAACAGCUCCACUGAGGAGAGUGUUGCGUUAAGGAGGGGAAGGACUUCUGUUAAAAACCAGGAGCCAGAUGCAGUGGGAGAGAGGUGGAGCCUUGAGCAUGACAAUGAGAGGGACAGAGAGAAAGAGGAGAACAUUGCUCAGCUUCAAGCCCAAGUCCAGCAGUUGGAAAGAGAGAACACAGACUUCUUAGCAGCUCUAGAGGACGCCAUGGAGCAAUACAAGCAGCAGAGUGAUAAGCUUCAGGAGCAGCAGGACGUGAUAGCAGAGCUGCAGUGUCUUUUGUCUACUCCGGGGCUGCUGGGACUUGGCCUGAACCUGAGACCCCGGCCUCACACCGCACCCAUGGGCUCCACGAGACACACCCAGAAUGGAGGCACAAACAGACAGGGCAGUCCCGUGGGCUGUCUUGGUAAUGGACUGUGUGAGGAACUGGAACAAUGUGGUCAUAGUCGCGGCAACUUCUUUGAGGAUCAUGAGGUGUCGGCAGGAGCAGAAAGGAAGGCCACAGAGGAAGACGGCAGUCACCGACGCAAGCAAGUGAACUUGACCUGGACUAAGAGGGACCUGCUGUUAGGAGGACUUGCACCUGGGAGUAAAAUACUGGUAUCUCAGCUGCCUGAGCCAGACCAGCUCUGCGCCGUCAGAAAAGCAUCCCUGGGGAGACUUGGGGAGAGCUCCGGGGAGAGCUCUACACGUGAAAGUCUGAAGGGCUUUGAGGGUGUCUCAGAGUGGGGUCUUGUCCAGGCCCAGCAGAAGAUUAGGGAGUUGUCUGUCACCAUCCGCAUGAAGGAGGAACUCAUCAAAGAGCUCGUCAAAACAGGUAAAGAUGCCCAGGCCCUGAACAGGCAGUACAGCCAUAAGAUCUCCGCUCUGGAGGGUGAAGCUGUGCAAGCACGACAGGAGCUGCAGGAGGCCCAGAGGCAGCUGCAGGACCUGGAGAGGCAAGAGAGGGAGAGCAGCGCCACAGACAGGACCAGAGCACAGGAAUGUCGCAGGAAGAUAGCUGCCGCUCAGAGCAAAGUUCAGGUUCUGAGCCAGCGUCAGAGGGACACGGCUCGUUUGGCUAGCCUGCCUGCGCUGAGCGAGCGGCGCGUGUCCGAGUUGGAGCGCAGCGUCCAGAGCAUGAGGCAGCAACAGGAGCAACUGCAAAGACGACUACGCCAGGAGAGUCAGCAGAAACGACGCCUGGAGACGGAGAUGCAGCGAAGAACACACAGAGUCAAGGAGUUGGAGAUAAAGAACGAGCAGCAGCAAAAGAUUUUGAGGAUCAAGACAGAGGAGAUUGCUGCCUUCCAAAGACAGAGGCGCAGCGGCAGCAACGGCUCCGUUAUCUCACUGGAGGAGCAACAGAAGAUUGAGGAGCAGAAACGCUGGCUAGAUGAGGAAAUGGAGCGAGUGCUGGAACAGAGAAGGGGGCUGGAAGAUCUGGAGGGCGAGCUCACCAAAAGAGAGGACAUCCUGGCCAAGAAGGAGGCCCUCCUGCAGGAGCGCAGUGGAUUGGAGACCAAGAGGCUCCGCUCCAGUCAGGCCCUGAGUAAAGACCUGAUGACCCUGACGGGGCGUAUUGAAUCACUUGAGCGUGAACUGAGCGAGAGGAACGGUCUCCUUCGCAGCAGCAGCGCCCAGGACUCCCAACAGAUCCGCCAAGAGAUCUCCAACCUGCGUCAAGAGAAGGAUACGCUGCUAAAACAAAGAGUGGAACUGGACGAUAAGCUCCGCCAGGGCAACCUCCUCUCCCCUGAGGAGGAGCGAACCCUGUUCCAGCUGGACGAGGCAAUCGAGGCUCUAGAUGCGGCUAUUGAAUAUAAAAACGAGGCCAUCACUCAAAGACAGAGACAGCUGAGGGCCUCUGCCAGCAUGCUCUCCCAGUGGGAAAUGAACCUCAUGGCAAAACUCAGUUACUUGUCUGCCUCUGAGACCAGAGCUCUGCUGUGCAAGUACUUUGACAAGGUUGUAUCUCUCCGUGAGGAAGAACGUAAGCUCCAGCUAGCCCUGGCUGAACUGGAAAUGCGCCUGGAGGAGCAGCAGCGGCUGGUGCAGUGGCUGGAGAACGCCCUUGAUCGCACGCAGCUCGACACAGAUCGCCGGCUCACACAACAGCAGAAGGAGCAUGAAAGGAGUGUGCAGCUCUUACUGCAGCAGUGUCGAGAGCAAAUAGACGAGGGCCUGGCAGGAAGGCAGAGGCAGUACGAGGGAUGGAUUCAUAACCUCAGCAAGGAGCUUAACCACUACAAGGCAGCCAAUCUGGAGCUGAGCAACAAGCUGAGAGAGCUGUGUGGUCCAGGCUGCCAGACGAAGGAGCAUGCCAAAGGCUUAGCACUUGAGGGCAAACCAGCAGGCGUCGGCAGUGUGGAGAAGCUGAGCCGCUGCUCAGAGGACAGCCAGGGGGCCCGGGGAGCGGGGCAGCCCGAGAAACCUCCCCGGUCCAGGGAAGAAAUGCGGGAGCUGGUGAACACCCCUCUCCCAUCCACAUGGAGGCGCUCCUCUCUCCCCACAGAAGAACCCGCAGUCAUGGAGGAGCUACGACUCCGUGCAGCAGGGGAGGCCCCUGUCAAUCGUGUGGUUCAGACUGGAAUAGGGCCCUGGGGUGGGACGCCGUCCCUGCCCAUGGUUAAAUCUCGUCGAGAGUCACGCCGAUCCAGCCUCAACAUUGGACCACUGAUUUCAAACAAUAUGUUAAUAGACGUGAGGAAAAAUCCCAUCUGAAAGUUUUUGUUGUUUCAGAACUGCGUGUUUGUUUUAUAAUCCUUUUUUAGCUAUUGUAUUAUUUGCUGUUUUUGUACUUGUACAUAAGGUUUUUUAAGAAAACAAGGAAAACCACUAAUUUUUAUACAAAUAAAGGUAAUGUUUAUAUUUCCAGUUCAUACAGUAACAGAUGUAGCAGGUAUAUGGUCCUAUCUUUCAUAUUAGUGUCAUAAAGUUUUCAAUUUUAAUUCAUUUGUAUCAUUCCAUUUAAUAAAACGAGGUUUCCAUCCUCUAAUCACGA